GCACGUAGUCACUGCCGUCUGGUUAUGGUGUCUUCUGGUUUUAAUUCGGAAUUAUUGUGAUUUAGUUAAUAAUUCUUUUACAGAAUGGCUAAUUUGAACAGUUAUGUGUUGUUUGCUUGUGUGGUUGUCUUAAAUUUGGGACUUACGUAUUCAAAAUCUCAGUUAAUACAUUUAAAUGAGAACAAUUGGGAAAAAAUGCUUACCGGAGAAUGGAUGGUCGAAUUUUAUGCUCCUUGGUGUCCUGCUUGUAAAUCACUUCAGCCACUUUGGGAGGAGUUUUCUUCUUGGAGUAAAGAUUUAGACCUUUCUGUGGCUCAAAUUGAUGUUACUUUAUCACCUGGUCUUAGUGGUCGCUUUAUUGUUACUGCAUUACCAACAAUAUUUCAUGUGAAUAAUGGCGAAUUCAGGCAGUACAGAGGUUCAAGAGAUAAGGAAUCAUUCAUGUCUUUCAUCGAAGAUGAAAAAUGGAAACAAAUUCCUGCUGUUCCAUGGUGGAAAUCACCAUCGUCUGUUCAAAUGUCUGUUGUGUCCUACUUUUUCAAGCUUUCACAAGGUUUGAGAGCCGUGCACAGCAAGUUGAUGGAGGAUUACGGCCUGCCAAGCUGGGGAUCUUAUCUGAUAUUUGCUUUUGUUACGAUACUUUUAGGAGCCCUACUUGGUCUGUUUAUGGUUUGCUUGAUUGACUUGAUCUAUCCUCCGAAACUUUCUCAUAGGACUGUUGUUACUGAUGAUACCAAAGGAGAUUCCGCUCAUGAUUCGGAUGAUGAAAUCAUUGAGGAAGAGAUCACUGAUGAAGUUGCUCAAGAAGGAAACAAUGUACGGAAACGCAAACCUCGUAAAACUGAUUAAAUACACUCCAAAAAAUAUUCCUCGAAUAACUAACUACCUUUAUAAGUAUAUUGGUGUAUAAACCUAAGUAUUAGCAGAGUUAAAAUUUAACAAAUUAGGUAUUUAAAGCAAUCGUUGCUUAUUUUUUUAUAAAGUAUGUAAUUCUGACAGUCAUUUUUCUGAUUGUCUCAGUUAACUUUUAUAAUUAUUUAUUUAUUUCAUCAGACGUGUAAAUUAUUGCUCAGUCAGGAGUGUAUAUUAUUUAAACUUUACUUAGUGGUUUAUAUAUAGUUUUUUAUAUAUAAAUAAUUAUUGUCAGAUAUUGUCUAUAACAAGAACUGACUUAAAUAUACUAAACUAUUAAAAAUUAAAUUAAUUUCUUUUUUUUUUUUUUUUUUACAAAGGUUUGUUACUUCUUAGUUAUUCAUUUAGGUUAGGAAGUUAAUGUGAAUGUGUUGCGUCCCAAAAACUAUAUAUGUAUAUUAAAAAUAGCUGUUUUGUUCAACCUUUUGCUGUAUGUUGAUGCCUUUUUCUAUUUUCUAAAAUUAUUGAUUUAUUAUCAUUUGUAUAGGAUUGAAAGUUUCCUUAAAUAUAUCAUAUAAUGUUCUGUGUUAUUUAAUUUUCAUUUUAAAUAUAAAAGAUGAUAUAAAUGCUUAUAGAUCUCCUAUAUUUUAUUCAUCUUGUUUUGUUAUGUGUAUUUUGUAUAUGUUGCAUUUUGUAAGUAAAAAUGUUGUAAUAAAUAUUUUUUUUUAAAUAAACUUUUAUUAAGAGUAAA